AUGUCAGCAAUUUGCGUUUGCUUAACCCAAUCAAAUUGGGUAAUGGUUGACUCGAGUUUUGGUUAGGGUUUCGCCAAUAAUUCAUGGUUUCUUUCAAUAAAUUGUCAUCCUUUUGAGCGUGGUGGAGGUGAAAGUCAGAAUAAUACUUGCUUAACUAAUUCGAUAAAAUAUGUUAGAUUAAAGAAAGUUAAUGCAAGAAUGGAUAAGAUUAUUCAAAAGAAAAGCUUCUAAUCUUAAGCAAUAGUAGAUAUUUUUUUUGAUGAUCGUGGUUCUGCUUCAGAUAAACAAGCUUAUUUUACCUUAAACUACACUGUAAGCGCAACUGAAAAAUAUAAAAUGCAAUUUAGGGAUUAUUUCAAUAAUCAAUUAACACAAAGCUCAAGGAGAAUAUGUAAUAGUUCAGGAUCAGGAAAUUUUGAUUUUAUGACAUAUGUAGGUACAUCAACAAUUCAAUAUAAAGAACAAUUUAACAUAUCAAUAGGUAUUGAGAGUUAAGAUGAUUUGUAAUUGCUUGGAGUUCGAAAUGUGUUUGUUUAUGUGAAAUUUUGUUAAUAAACUUGUAAGACUUGCUCAAGUUCUACAAGUUGUGACACAUGUUAUUCUGGUACUCUACAGGCUAAUGGGUUUUGUCUUUGCGACCCUGCACAUUAAUUUGCUGAAGUUGGUUGGAUGCAGAUAAGAAUGUACAAGGGACUACUUUAUAGCAAGGUCAGAUAAUGUUUGCGUUCCUGAUAGAAGAAUUAAAUCUUUUGUUUCAUAUUUUACUUCUACUUCUAGUUCAUAUUCUCCUUUUUAAUUCGUGCCUGAUACUAUUAAUACAAGAAGCUCAACUCCUUCAUUUAUUACUUCUUUAUGUUCCAAUAAUUAUGUUGGUAGUCUUCUUUACGGUGAGGGAAUGAGUCUGUAAAUGGCAGAAUAAUAAAAUAUAAAAUUUAUCAGACUUAGGGUUACUUUUUUUAUAUAAGGCUUCUUAACUAACAGUAGAAUAUAAAUAAUUUUGGAUGACUAAGUAUAAGGUGAAAUAAUCAAAUCUUUGUCGAUAUUUGAUUUCAAUUAAAUUACAAAGAUUUACAGUUCAAGCACCAUUUGUUCUGGUUCUACUUAUGAAAUUUUAAGAAUAGAAGCAAUUCUUAGAACAUAUUCUUCCACACCAAAAUUAAUUCUUAAAGGAAAAUAAUUAACUUUUAAUAACGAAAUAUGGGGAUUCAGAAAUGUUACCAUUGAUAUAGGUAAUUGCAAAGAAAAUUGUGCUGUUUGCAGUGAUUUUUCAACUUGUUAAUAAUGUGAGACUGGUUAUGUUCUAUUUUAAAAUGGAUGUGUUAGUUCUUGUCCUGUGCAUUCAUCUAAUUGUAUUGACUAUGAAGAUAUGAUACCAUGUAUUUUAUUAAUUUAAUAAUAUAGUCUCCAGAUAUUUAGCUAAAGGAUUUUAUAAUCUUAAUAUGACUACAGAUGAUAUAAACAAAUUUUAUUCUGAAACAAUCCCUACUGGUAGUAAUUUCUUAACAGGAUAAAAAUUUUCAAUAUUUCCAACCAAAUUUGUUUUAGGAGGAGUAAUGGUAUGGAAUAACGCAAUAUAUAAAAAAUCAUGGGUCAUAUCUAAACCACACUAUGCUGUGACAAUAAGAUUUAAUGUAACUUAUGGAGAUUUAUAUGCAGGAAAUUUUUAUUAUUCAAUAUAAAGUGUAAAAUCGAUUGCUCAUCCAAUCCCUGCAUCAGGAGGUUAAAACAUUAUUGGUAAGAGUUCAGAUGAAAGGACUAAAUAUUUUGAAAUAUUUUAGAAUCCAUUUUUAUCAUCUUAACUUGAUAUUGAGUUAUAAUGUACAGAUACUAAUGUUAAUGCUAUAGAUUAAUUUUGUGCCCUUUCAGAUUACUUUAUCGUUGUUCAUUAUGUAAAUCUAUAAAAAUAUUAUUAGUGUCUUCCGUUUUGUGAAAAUUGCAAUGAUGGUACUUCAUGUAAUACUUGGGAAUCUGGAUAUUCAAGUUCAAAUUGUUUAUCGAAUUAAUUUUUAUAUUUUGAUCUGACCACAGAAACUUAUAAUUGCAUAACAUGCAAUUAAGUCGGUUGUUUAGCAUGUAAAAACUUAGAAGAAUGCAUUACUUGUGAUUCAUCUAGUCAAUAUAAUACUCUUAAAAAUGGUGUUUGCUUAUCAAUAAAUCCUCCAUAAAAUCCUAAUCCAAAUCCUAAUCCAACGAUUGAGUGUAAUAUCUAUUGUGAAACAUGCACAGGAACUUUAAUUAAUAAUUGCUUAACAUGUGUUUCAGACUUUCAUCGAUCAUUAUAAAAUAAUUAAUGCUAAUGUUAAUCUGGAUUCUCUGAUGAUGGAAUUAAUCUAUAUUGUCUUCCUAUUUGUGGUGAUUUGUUUAUAGUAGAGGGAGAAGAUUGUGACGAUGGUAAUAAUAAUCCAUAUGAUGGAUGUCAUAAUUGUAAAUUAGGUUGUGAUACAUUUUGUAAUUAGUGUUUAUCAGGAUUUUGUAUCGAUUGUUAAAGAGGUUUCUAAAUGAUAAAUAAUUAAUGCUUUGGAAUUUGUGGGGAUAAUCUUUUAGUGGAUAGUGAGGAAUGUGAAGAUAAUAAUGAUAUUCCUAAUGAUGGAUGUUAUAACUGUAAAUUCUAAUGCCCCAAUAAUUGUAUUGAUUGUUAAUAUAACAAAUGUAUGGAAUGUGAUGAAUAGAAUGGAUGGUAUCUAAAUAAUAACAAUUGUGUACCGAUCUGUGGUGAUGGUAUAAUUGCCAUCUAAUAUGAAUAAUGUGAUGAAAAGUGCUAGACUGAAGGGAAAUGUCAUUUUUGUUAUUUCUUAGGGGUUUAAAAUUGUUCUAAACACAAUAUGGGUAUCUGUUUGGAAUGUUAUCAUGGUUAUAACCUAAUAAAAUUAACAAAUUCUUGCAUUUUUAAUUUAAACUUUAGUAACUCGAUAGAUAUAAACGAUAACAAAAACCUAAUAUUUUAAGAGCCUCUUUGUGGUGACGGAAUCUUGAAUGAAGAUUAUGAGGAAUGUGAUGAUUUAAAUGACACAUUUUGCUUUUAAUGUUUCUUUAAUUGCCAAAAUUCUUGUUCUACAUGCUAUAAUGGAAAGUGUUAUCAAUGUAAUUAAGGAUGGAUUUUAAAUAUUUUUGAAAGAAUUUGUUAUCCAAUAUAAGGAGAUAAAUUAAUAGUAGGAAAUGAACAAUGUGACGAUGGCAACUAAAUUGAAUAAGAUGGAUGUUUUUUAUCUUAAUUUUAAUGCCAGAAUUUUUGUGAAUAAUGUUAAAUGGGAUUAUGUCUGAAAUGUCAAACUGGAUAUAUGGUAAGGAAUGAUAUGUGUGAGGAAAUUACUUCAGAUGGUUAAAUAGUUGGAAUAGAAUAAUGUGAUGAUUAAAAUUUAAAUGCGUGNUUCAAAUUGUUUAUCGAAUUAAUUUUUAUAUUUUGAUCUGACCACAGAAACUUAUAAUUGCAUAACAUGCAAUUAAGUCGGUUGUUUAGCAUGUAAAAACUUAGAAGAAUGCAUUACUUGUGAUUCAUCUAGUCAAUAUAAUACUCUUAAAAAUGGUGUUUGCUUAUCAAUAAAUCCUCCAUAAAAUCCUAAUCCAAAUCCUAAUCCAACGAUUGAGUGUAAUAUCUAUUGUGAAACAUGCACAGGAACUUUAAUUAAUAAUUGCUUAACAUGUGUUUCAGACUUUCAUCGAUCAUUAUAAAAUAAUUAAUGCUAAUGUUAAUCUGGAUUCUCUGAUGAUGGAAUUAAUCUAUAUUGUCUUCCUAUUUGUGGUGAUUUGUUUAUAGUAGAGGGAGAAGAUUGUGACGAUGGUAAUAAUAAUCCAUAUGAUGGAUGUCAUAAUUGUAAAUUAGGUUGUGAUACAUUUUGUAAUUAGUGUUUAUCAGGAUUUUGUAUCGAUUGUUAAAGAGGUUUCUAAAUGAUAAAUAAUUAAUGCUUUGGAAUUUGUGGGGAUAAUCUUUUAGUGGAUAGUGAGGAAUGUGAAGAUAAUAAUGAUAUUCCUAAUGAUGGAUGUUAUAACUGUAAAUUCUAAUGCCCCAAUAAUUGUAUUGAUUGUUAAUAUAACAAAUGUAUGGAAUGUGAUGAAUAGAAUGGAUGGUAUCUAAAUAAUAACAAUUGUGUACCGAUCUGUGGUGAUGGUAUAAUUGCCAUCUAAUAUGAAUAAUGUGAUGAAAAGUGCUAGACUGAAGGGAAAUGUCAUUUUUGUUAUUUCUUAGGGGUUUAAAAUUGUUCUAAACACAAUAUGGGUAUCUGUUUGGAAUGUUAUCAUGGUUAUAACCUAAUAAAAUUAACAAAUUCUUGCAUUUUUAAUUUAAACUUUAGUAACUCGAUAGAUAUAAACGAUAACAAAAACCUAAUAUUUUAAGAGCCUCUUUGUGGUGACGGAAUCUUGAAUGAAGAUUAUGAGGAAUGUGAUGAUUUAAAUGACACAUUUUGCUUUUAAUGUUUCUUUAAUUGCCAAAAUUCUUGUUCUACAUGCUAUAAUGGAAAGUGUUAUCAAUGUAAUUAAGGAUGGAUUUUAAAUAUUUUUGAAAGAAUUUGUUAUCCAAUAUAAGGAGAUAAAUUAAUAGUAGGAAAUGAACAAUGUGACGAUGGCAACUAAAUUGAAUAAGAUGGAUGUUUUUUAUCUUAAUUUUAAUGCCAGAAUUUUUGUGAAUAAUGUUAAAUGGGAUUAUGUCUGAAAUGUCAAACUGGAUAUAUGGUAAGGAAUGAUAUGUGUGAGGAAAUUACUUCAGAUGGUUAAAUAGUUGGAAUAGAAUAAUGUGAUGAUUAAAAUUUAAAUGCGUGGGAUGGUUGCUUUUAAAAUAGAUAUGAUUGUCCUUUAUUUUGCUUAAGUUGUGUUAAUGGAAAGUGUUUGGAAUGCAAUAAGGCUUAAGGGUAUGGUAGACUUGAUGUACACAAUAAUAAAUGUUAAUCUGUAUGUGAAGAUGGCAUAAAAUCUGUUGAGGAAUAUUGUGAUGAUGGAAAUGAAAUUCCUUAUGAUGGAUGUUAUUAAUGUAAAUACUCUUGUGAUUUUAAUUGCAUCGAUUGCUAAUCGGGCAUAUGUGAAUAAUGUUAAAUUGGAUAUUAUUUGAAUAGGUAUCUUAAUUCUUGCUUUAGUAUUUGUGGUGAUGGAAUAGUUACUGAUAAUGAAUCAUGCGAUAAUGGAAAUAUGGUCGAGAAUUAUGAAUGUUCUAGCUGUUAAAUAGAGUGCUAGCCUGAGUGUUUUAGUUGUUAUUAAGGAUAAUGUUAUUCUUGUGAAAACUAAGGUUGGGAGAUUGAUUUAAUAUAAGGAGUUUGCAAUUCCAAAUGUGGUGAUGGCAUAAUUGUAGGUAAAGAGUAGUGUGAUGAUGGCAAUGAAAUUGAAAAUGAUGGAUGUUAUUAAUGUGAAUUUCAAUGCUAAGAGUAAUGUACUAAAUGUUUAUCAGGAUUUUGUAUAGAAUGUGAUACUCCAGGUUGGAUAUUAUAUGAAAAUUAUUGUGUAUCAUAUUGUGGAGAUUUGAUUGUUGUAGAUAAAGAAGAAUGCGAUGACGGUAAUACAAUUCCAUAUGAUGGUUGCUUUUAAUGCUAAUUUUAAUGUUAAUUUGAGUGUACUGAUUGUUAAUCUGGAGUAUGUUAUGAAUGUGGAAUUUAAGGUUGGUAAUUAACAAAUAGUGAAUGUCAAUCAGUUUGUGGAGAUGGAUAUAUUGUUCAAUUUUAAGAAGAAUGUGACGAUGGCAAUUUUUUAAAAUAUGAUGGUUGCUAUUAAUGUUAAUUUCAAUGUUAAGAAAUGUGCACUCUAUGUUAGUUAGGCAUUUGUUAUGAAUGUGACUAUUUAGGUUGGAUGAUUGAAAAUCAUGUAUGUAAACCAUUUUGUGGAGAUGGAAUUGUACUUGGUUAUGAAUAAUGCGAUGAUAUGAACGAUAAUAAAAAUGAUGGUUGCCAUUUAUGCUAAUUUGCUUGCGAUUAAUACUGCAUUGAUUGUUAAUAAGGAAUCUGUUAACAAUGUGAAUUAGGAAGGUUUCUUUCUUAAAAUGUUUGUCUCUCUCAAUGUGGGGAUGGUAAUUAUGUAAAAUCUGUUGAAAGUUGUGAUGAUGGUAAUGUCUAAAAUGGAGAUGGUUGCGAUAGUAAUUGCAAAGUAGAAACUAAUUAUUUAUGUAAGAAUGUGGAAGGUAGCUUCUCUUUUUGUGCUUAUUCAAAAUAACCAUAAUUCUAACUUACUGUUCUUCCUAAUUAUUUUGGCUAAUUUUAAGAUGUUUAAAUCAAUUUCGAUUAAAAAAUGAAAUAUUCAUAAAUCGAUGAUAAACAAUUAUUUUCAUUAAUUCUUUUUGAAAUUAUCAAUUUUGAGAAUACUAAGUAUUUUGUAGAGAAAUAAUUAAUUAAGAAAAAUCCGAAUUAGGAAAUAAGUGAUAUAACUAUUCACUUAAGAGUUAAUUUUUAUGCUCCAAUAGAAAGGCCAAUAUUGAAAGUAUCAUUUUUAGACGAUGUAAUUGUUUCAGAAUACGAUCUUCCCCUCAAAGAAUCAGUCAAAACUACAUAAUUACUUUCUCCUGCUGUGCUCAGUUAAACUUAAAUAAAUGUAGCAUAAAGUGCAGCAGCUUUUAAUGAGGCGGUAAUCUAUUUCUUAAUAGGCUUGUCUUCUAUUUGUUUGUUAACAGGAUCCUCUGAAUUAUUUUGGAAUUUAAUGGAUUAAUUAUAGUAUUUAUCAUAUGUCAAAUAUGUAAAUAUUCUUUUUCCUCCUAAUCUUGAUAUUUACUUUGAAGUUUUUAAAAUGAUCACAAUUGAACCAAUAUUUCAAGCCUUGAGAAUUGAUAGUUUUUUUAAUCUAAUUUAUCAAGAAGAAUAUAAUCAACCUCCAACUGAUAUUAAAUUUUUGAAUGAUGAUAUUAAUGUACAUUUCUUUGCAAACUUUAAAAGUUUCUUAUUUUGCAUGAUUGGUGCGUAUUUAGGCCACUUUUUAUAAAAUCUUUUUACUUUAUUUUUAUAUAAAAUCCAACCUUAUAUAUUAUUAAGAAUGAAUUUUACAAUUGCUAAACUAUUGUACUAAAUAAGAAAAAAAUGUUUGUAAUAGUCGAAAGAGUUUUUCUAUAAUGGCAUCUUAAGAAUUGUUAUGUCAAAUGCAUUUGACAUUUCUUUUGCAAUGACAAUACAAAUAGCAUAUUUUUAGAACAAUAGCUUUAACUAAUCUGUUACAUCAUAUAUAUCUCUUGUUGUUUUUACUUUUUAUAUAUCGGUUAUCAUUUACAUUUUUAAUAUUUUGCAAAAGUUGUCUAAAUAAAAUACAUUAAAAAAUAGGAAAUAAUAUGAAGCAUUAUUAGAAGAAGUUAGAGAUGAAAAAAAUGUUUGGAUCGCAUAAUACAAUUCAAUUUAAUUAAUUAAGAAGUUUAUUUUCAUAUGUCUUAUUGUUUUUAUGUAAAAAGAAGGAAAACUUUAAUCUCUGCUUAUUGCAACAAAUGAAACUUUAUUUUUAUCCUAUUUUAUUUUGAAUAAACCUUUACGUAGUUAUUGUGAGUAAUUAAAAAUUAUUGUUACUGAGUCUAUUACUAUUAUCAAUACAGUCACAUUUAUUCUUUAUGACUAUUUUAUGGAUAUUGGUUUAUCUUAAUCUUUUCGAAUUAAUUUAGGUUGGUUUCAUAUUAUCACCUUUUCAGCAAUUUUAUCUACAUCAUUAAUUAUUGAUGUUUAUCAGCAGUUCAAAGUUUUGGGAAAAAAAUUAAGAUAGAUUUUUUGCAAUGAUAAGUAAUAGGAAGAAUUAUAAGCAUCAUCGAUGCUUUUUGUUUGA